AUGAAUAAUUAUAUAUAUUAAAUCAAAAAAAAAAAAGAAUAAAUGACAACUACUCUUCCUUUUAUAUCGAAGAAUAAGAACUAUGUGGAAAUGAAAGCGGUAACUUGGUAAAAGGACUCUCACGGACUAUUUGACUAUGAAACAAAAUCUUUAAGCGUUAAAAAGCAUAGGGUCGAGGGAUCGUGCAAAGUCUGCAGAGAAGAAAAUGAAAUAGUUAUUUAAGAAGGCAAAAAUAAGGAUGAAGCACUCUAAGCUCUAACAUCCAUAUAAGCCCAAGGAGACUAAUAUUUUAUACAACCAAGCCAAAGCACAACAGAAAAUGACAAUUACUUGAUUGUUCGUAGUUUAAAAAAUGCCGAUGGUGUGUAGAAGGGUUACACAUUACAAGAGGGUGACUUGUUGAAAUUGGGCAGAGUGGAGUAUCAUGUUAUUGAGAUAAGAGAUGCCAAAGGAUAAAUAAGAUCAGUGAAGGACGUUUUCUAAUCAGAAGCCAAAAUUGCUCCACCUUUGGAAGGUGGUGUUGCCAAAUAAUGCAAAAUUUGUUUAAUUGAAGAGGAGACUCCCGAAGAUCCCUUCAUCACACCAUGCAGAUGCAAUGGAAGUUGUGCUUAUGUACAUUUCAAUUGUCUCAAACACUGGCUCGAUAGCAGAGGGUAUAAAAAAGAGUCUGGUAACACAAUUUCUUACAAAUGGAAAAAAUUAGAAUGCGAGGUUUGUUAGGAAUUGCUGCCUUAAUAAAUUAGAUUUAAAGGGAAGGUACUCGAUUUAGCAUCCUUGGAAAGACCAAAUUAACCGUAUAUUAUAUUGGAAAAUACACAAAUUUCUGAAAAGGACAAGAAGGCUCAAAGAGGAAUUUACUUGAUAAAAGGGACACCAGAUGACUAAGUUAAAUUGGGUCGUGGUCAUCAAUGUGAAAUUCGUAUAUCAGAUAUCUCAGUGUCAAGACUCCAUGCAUUUAUUAAAUAUGAAAAAGGCAAUUUUGUUAUAGUUGACAACAACAGUAAGUUUGGUACCUUAGUUCGAUUAUCAACACCAUAUCUUAUCUGUAUGGAUAAAAUUGCAAUUCAAGUUGGAAGAACAGUGUUAACUUUUGUUAUGAAAUCUUUUUCAAGUCUAAAUGCAAAUACUCAUGCUGCAAUUACAGCUCUACACAAUGGAGAAUAAGGCAAACUCAAUUUUUAACCUGGCAUUAAUAAGACACAAAGCAUAAAUAGCCAAAAAAAACAUGACAAACACUCUGGAUUAUGAAUUUUAUGUUAAAUACAAUCUACAAAUACACUAUAUAAAAUCAAUAAUAA